CGAGGAACUCUCUGCACGUUGCAGCCAAACGCUUUUCUUGGAUGUUUGUCAUGAUUUUUUUGGUUGCAUUUACACUGUUUUAAACUGGCUUUAACCAGCAGGCGUUACCAGCGUGUGAUAUUCCCCUAUCAUGGAUGUUCCUUCGAAAGUGAAUCAUUUUGCGCCAAUUCAAAGCUUUGAAAAGCUUCGUUUCUCCCAUCAUGUAGAGGUCGCUACUACAAUCACAUACGCAUUGAACAAAUGUAACCAGUGUCAUGGAAUAUAAUGAAAGGCUUGCUCGCUUUCGUCAGGGUCUUGUCAACCCAUUUGACAGGGGAGAGAACGACAGCAGCACUGAGGGGAAGAAUCUUCCUAAACAUGAGGUGAGGUCGGAGAUCUUUUCCUCUGAAUCCAAAACUCAGAGUUCAGACCGUGCAAUGGAUCUGGGCUUGGCUGAAGACCACUUCUCUCGACCUGUGGAUUGGGACAACAUGAAGGGUUCGUUUGUGGCGUCUGAUGCAGAGCAGCUGAAACAGGCAAUAGAGGAGUGCAAGAGACUGAUCCUGGAACUGCCAGAACAUUCUGAGAAACAGAAGGACACAGUGGUCAAACUAAUCCACCUUCGGCUCAAACUACAGGAACUAAAGGACCCAGAGGAAGAUGAGCCAAACCUGCAGGUUCUAUUAGAACAUCGCUUCUCAAAGGAGAAGAGCAAGAGUGUGAAACAGACAUGUGACAAGUGUAGCACCAUCAUAUGGGGUCUCAUUCAGACCUGGUAUACCUGCACAGGUUGUUAUUACCGUUGCCAUAGCAAGUGCAUGAAUCUUAUCAACAAACCAUGUGUGAGGUCAAAGGUCAGCCAUCAGUCUGAGUAUGAGCUCAGCAUCUGUCCUGAGGUCGGUCUGGACAAGCAGGACUACAGAUGUACUGAGUGCCGGACACCCAUCUCUUUGCGGGGUAUUCCUAAUGAGGCACGACAGUGUGAUUAUACGGGUCAGUAUUACUGCAACAGCUGCCACUGGAAUGACACAGCCAUCGUUCCAGCUAGAGUCAUACACAACUGGGAGUUUGAGCCCCGUAAGGUGUGUCGUUCAUCCAUGCGCUAUCUUGCUCUGAUGAUGUCAAGGCCUGUGCUCAGACUGAAAGAGAUCAACCCUCUGCUCUUUAACUUUGUGGAGGAGCUGGUGGAGAUCAGAAAAUUACGUCAAGAUAUCUUGCUAAUGAAGCCAUAUUUCAUCACCUGCAAGGAGGCCAUGGAGGCCCGACUCCUGUUGCACCUUCAAGACCGUCAACACUUUGUGGAGAAUGAUGACAUGUACAGCCUACAGGACCUGAUUGACACCUCCAGUGGACAUCUCAGUUGUUCCCUCACUGAAAUUCACACAACUUUUGCCAAACAUAUUAAACUGGACUGUGAGAAAUGCCAGGCCAAAGGCUUCAUGUGUGAAUUGUGCAAAGAGGGUGACAUUCUCUUCCCAUUCGACAGCCACACCUCCAUCUGUAAUGACUGCUUCGCUGUUUUCCACAGGGAUUGCUACUACGAUAACUCGACCACAUGUCCACGCUGUGCGAGAAAUCUGGAACGCAAAAAUGAGGAGUCUCUGGACCCAUAGAUCAGCCUGACUGAUGGAUGCUUCACAAACACUGUGAAAUCUUCAGAGCCUGAACUUCAUGUGUUUUUAAAAUCAGUUUCCCUCUGUUUUCCCAUAAAUAUGGAUUUUUUUGUUACAGUUACACAUCUUCGGUCCAAACAGAAAUAAUCCAUGUUAAACUUUACCAAUGACAUGUUCUUCUGAAGACUAUGACUACGAUGACUGUGAGAUCAUUUUUGAGCUAAAGAUUCCUACACAAAAAUCUGGGUAGCAUGCUUGUCAGCUUGGGAUCAUGCAAAAAUACUACAAGGCAACACUGUUUUAGUUUAUAGUUAUAUUCUCAGAAUAUACAGUGGCUUAAAAUGUUGUAGAUAAUUUUCUUAUUUUGUGCUCCCAUUUUAUAAGAUCAACAUGGUCAUAUCUAAUCGUUCUAAUCUAUUCAUGUGUCUGAGAAGAAAAACUACUUCAGUUAUAUCCAAAAUGUCUUUGGACGUUUUUGUACAGUUUGUGUUUUAAGAAUAUUACAAUUACCUGGUGUUAAAUCUGCUUAAAUCCCAGAAUGUUAUUUAAUUGUCGCUGUAAUAACUGUGCAAGAGAUCCUGUGACAUGUUAUGAAGUCUAAUAUCUAAGAUAUCUUUGCACAAAGCAUGAAAAAUAAUAUAAAAAGGAACAGUGGCCCAUG